CGUCCAUAGCGACACAGAACAGAUGGGGACUGAACUGAAGAUGGGAAGGUGAUGAGAACUUAUCUACUAGUAGUACUACUAGAUAUGUUGGAGCUGGACAUGGAUUUUGUAUUGACAUUUUAACAGAGAUGACAUAAUGGAUAGAGAACCAGGGCAUCUUCCUGUCUGCGUCCAAGAUGCAGUCUCAUCUCUCAUCUGGGUCAAGGUCAUCGCCGUAGGAACAUCAGCUGCAGGUAAAACCUGCAUCAUCAAGCAUUUCUGUGAAGAUAAGUUUUCUGCAACAUAUCAACCUACAGUUGGUGUUGACUAUGGGUUUAAAAUACAGAAAGUCAAGAAAGAAGACUUGCGAGUCCAUCUAUGGGAUCUUUCCGGACAGUUGGAAUAUUCUGAAGUACGUAAUGAACUCUACGGCGGCACUCACGCAUGCAUCUUAGUCUUUGAUGUGACCAAUCGCAACUCAUUUGAAAGCUUGGACUUCUGGUUAAAAGAAACAGUGAGAUACGGAGUGGGCGCUAUGCACACUGUGGUCGUGGCAAACAAGAUUGACAUAAAAGGCAAGAGGGUAAUUACACCUGACGAAGCAGCAAAGUGGGCAGCCUCAAGAAAACUCAAAUAUUAUGAAACAUCUGCUCUAAGUGGCGAGGGUAUUCAGAAGAUGUUUUGUGAGGUGUUAGAGGUAGCCUCUCUCAGUGCCACACAGGGACAGUCUGGUGCAAUAGGAACAUGAGACCGCUGAAUGAUUCUGAUUGAACUCCUGGAGGUGCCAAACUUAAGUAGCCUAGAUAAUAUACAUGAACAGGAACUGGAAUUCUGCUAAGUCUUUAUAAGAUAUUUUGUGAGGUGCUAGAGGUACUCUCAGUUAAACCUCAUUAAGGAAAGAAGUUGAAGUGUAUGAGGCGUUGAACUCCUUUACUGGUGUCCAUCAUGAGUACCCUGGAGUUAAACAAAUGGAUUGUAAACUCUUGUUAUCCUUGUGAGGUACAUUACUAAACCUUGGUCAGAUGGCACUGAAGAACAGCCUGGAUUAUGUGAAUUGUGUGAGGUUUUGCGAGUGUGAGAGGUACAUGUAACUGAUGUCACUUGUAGCCUCAUUGGAAUCUUAUACAGGUGUCCAUCAUGAGUAGGAAUAUAAACGCUUUUUAUUCAUUGGAGUUGCAAGACUAACCAUGUUUGUUUGCUUCCGAAGAAAAGCUUGUAUCCUCCCAAUUGCUGGAUAUGUGAAGUGUGUGGAGUAACCGAGGUUGCCUUGAAACCUUCUGGGUGUCCAGAGGUUGUGUUUAGUCUCACAGUAUAUGAUGAACACAAAAUUCUUGGUUCUGCGAGAUUACAUGUAGAUUCUACCAUCUUCCUCAAAUUCCUGAAUCACACAACAUUUACUGUACAAAGACUUAACUUCAAAAGCAUUCAUUUGGAUCAAUUUGUCAUUGUUUUAUUAGUACUUCUGCAUCAAAUAAUUAGUAGAACAUGAUGCAUCCAACAAAAAUAUACAUCCACAAAAUGUAGUUAAAUGUGUUGGGUUGAUCAACACAUCUUGAGCUAUCCACAGACAAAUUUAAAAAACAACGACAGAUGAACAAAUAAAUAAAUAAACACUUA